AUGGAGAGAGAGGGUGGUUAUAGCCACGGCAGCAAAGAUCGAGCACGCGACUUUCUUGUCACCGUGGUUGUUGAGGGCUGUUUAGGCUGGUGCAGUUGUGAGGGGUACGAGAGGUUUCCGCUCAUAGCGCUGAAAACCCCGAAUGACCCAUGUGUUCAUGCGAGGAGAUUGGCUGAUUUCGUGGGGUGUCCAUUUAGUGAAGAAGAGCUGAGAGGCGGGAUUGUGGAGGGAAUACUGAGGAUGUGUAGCUUCGACAAUUUGAGCACGUUGGAGGUGAACAAGAGCGGGAGCCUUUGGACUGGAGCAGAGAACAAGUCGUUCUUCAGGAGAGGCGAGGUCGGAGAUUGGGUGAAUUACAUGAGUGCGGAGAUGGGGGAGAGAAUAGACGGUGUCAUGGAAGAGAAGUUGCACGGCUCUGGGUUGAAGUUUUAG